AAAGUUGUAGGGAAGAGUUUUUUCAAUCCAGACUUUGAAAAUUUGGGCAAUGCAUCAUUUCAAGCUAAAGACAAAGUUGAUUGUGUGAAUAGAAAGGAAAGUGAUGUACACCAAUCUAAAGGUUACAAUCAGAAGGUUAUAGACAGUCAUCAUCAGCUGGAAGAACAUUUGCUGCAGCCCUUGUCUUUUGAUACACCUAAUAAGAUCUUGGAUAAGCAAAUGGAACAAGAUAUGAGAAAAUUUAAGAAUGAGGUAGGAGUGCUACAAUUGGAAUUCCUGAAUUUGACAAGAGAGAGAUCACAACUGCAAAAAGAGGUAGAGGUUGAGCGAGAAAAGACUAAUAUAAACAAACAACUGGAUCUGCAAAAAUCAAAAAGAAGCAGUGACAUUGAGUGUGAGCUUCAAGGAAAAUCACAUAUUCAACCAAAAAGUACAUCAGAAUCCAGCUCCCAUGAAGGGAAAAAUGCCAGACAUUCUAUCCACUCUGUACCAAAGCAAGAUGAUAUGAAGAUUUCUAAACUACAGAGGCAAACAGAGAAUGGAGAUACUCUAAAAGAAGUUGAUGACCAUUCACUUAGCGAAACCUCACAGAAACCUGGCAAAGGGGCAGCCACUAAACCUGUUGAUGAAAAGUCUAAGGACGAUGAUGAGGAUAUGGAUGACUUUUCACAAUCAUCAGAUUCAGUAACUGAAGAAUAUGAAGUCCCUACCUCUGCAUUUAGAAAUGCCAUGCUGUUAAUUGAGCAACUUAACCUCGAAGGCCAAGAUUCUGUGAAUUUGUUGAAAAUUCAAAAUAUUAUUCAUGAGUAUGAACGGGUAAUAGAAAAAGAAAACCGACGACAUGCAUUACUGGCCAAAGAAGUUAAAAAACUGCGUGAGGAACGAAAAGAAAUGCAGCAAAUGACAGAAAAAAACAGAGAGCUUAAGUCUUUGUUGGAAUACAACAAAGUGGAAUGGGACAGUGAUGUAAGCAGCUUAAGGUCUUCUCUUAAACAAGAAGAAGAAAAGAGAAAGAGUGCAGAAAUGCUACAAGACCUGAGUAAAGAACAGCUCAGAAGGAAGGAGGAACAAUGUCGCCAUGAAAUAGAAGAAAAACAACAGCUGGAACUAACAUUAAGAAAUCUAGAGCUUGAAAUGAGAAGCCUGAGGAACAGCAUGAAACAGGUUGAAGAAGAACGCAAUGAAUCGCAACGAUUAUACACACAAGAGCAUAGUGCCAGAUUACUUCAAGAAGAAGCUCUUAAUAACUUAAAGAGGAGGAAUGAAGAGGAGGAGAGCAGAAAACGGCUAGCUAAAAGUGUUGAGCAGGUGCAAGGAGAACCCUCUGAGACCAAUGUAAAGGUGAAAGAAUUAACCCAGAAAAACACAACACUAGAAGAGGAAAUCCUUGUGCUUAAACAAGAGCAGGAGCAAGUACGGUCCCGGUAUCAAGAAGAAGAGAGUAGAUAUUUGGAUGAAAAGGAAGCCUUGACGGAAAAGAUUGAUGAUCUAAGGAAAGAUCUUAAAGUAAACGAGGAAACUUUAACCCAAACUGUAAUCCAAUGCAAUGGACAGCUUAAUGCCCUAAAAGCAGAGACAAACCUGCUAUGUUCAAAGUUAGAGCAUGAAAAGCAGGGCAAAGAAAGACUGGAUACUGAACUAGAGUCAGUCCGUUCCCGGCUGAGCUCUGCUCUACAAGAUCUAGAAAGAAGCCAGAUUUCAAAAACUGAUGCAGACCGCACUUUGCAAAGAGAGCGUGAUGACUGGUUACGAUCCAAAGACAAAUUCAAUCAUGAUCUCUCAAGCCUGCGUGAAAGCCACAAUAACUUGUCCCAACAGCUUAGCAGAGCUGAGGCUAAAUCAAACAGUCUCGAAAAUGACCUUCAUAGAACUGGCUUAUCUCUACAAGAGAAAACUCUCCUCUUAGAGAGUUCUCAGAGGGACGUGAAAGAAGCACAGAGCAGAAUAAAGGACCUUGAACGAUCAGUUCAAAUAGAAAAAGACCAGACCAACAAAAGCAGUAUAAAACAAGAGACAAUGCAGGAGAGACUGUCCCAGAUUACUAGUGAGAACAUGCAGCUCCGACAACAGCUAGAAGAAACACAGAAUAAAGGCAUUAUCAAGGAAAAAGCUGUCAGUGAUGUACAAGACAGAUUUACAGAUAUAUUCAGCAAGCUGCGAGCUGACACUGAAAGACAAGUUCAGAUAGUUGAAGAGAGAAACAAGGACUUGAUCAAUAAGUCUAAUGAGCUUAGAGAACAAGUUUAUAGGCUGGAAACUGAAAAAGUUGAGCGGGAGAGUUCUAUAAGACAGCUACAACAGGAGCUUGCAGAUGCUUUGAAGAAGCUAUCAAUGUCUGAGGCAUCACUUGAAGUUAUAACACGUUAUCGGAAUGACCUAGAAGAAGAGAAACAGCACCUUCACAAAGAACUUGAAAAGUUCAGAACAAAGAUACAGGAUCUAGAAGAACAGUUUCUUCAGUCAGAGAGACGUAACCAUCAGUUGAAAAAUUUAUUAGAUGAUAAGGAGAGGGAAGUGAUGGCAGCAUUCCAAAAAGUGCAGGAGCUUUCAUCUGCAACAGCUGGCAGUGAGAAGUCAGUCAAACAACUGGAGGAACACAUACAGAAGCUUGAAAUUGAAAAUGCCAAGAUUGAAGCAACUGCAAAACAGCAGUCUGUACAGAUUGAGACACUUCAGAAAGAACUGCAGGAAUCCAUUUCUAUUCGGAAUCGGCUAGAAGAUUUAGUAACUGGUUUGCAAACAUCAAAAAUUGGUUUGGAAGAGAAGUUGAACCGGCAAGUGCAUAAGCAAACAGUGCUGUCACAAAGCGCUCAAGACUCUCAUAAUUUGUGGGAAGAAGAGCUGAAGUCACGAUCACGGUUAGGAGUUCGCUUGGCAGAACUUGAUCGAUCAAAUGGAGAUUUAGUUGAACAGGUUGAAAAUGAAAAAAAGAAAGUAAGGAAAUUGUUGGAUCAGAAGAAGUCUAUGGAGGAACGCUUUGAUCAAGAAAUAAAGAGGAACAAUGACUUACAGCGUGAUGUAUCUGGAUUGAAGAAACAUUUAAAGACUACAAAGAAAAAGUUGAAGGAGUUUGAAAAUGGUGAAAAACAGCCAGUUAGUAUGAAGGAAGGAUCCUACAGAAGAAACCAUGAAACAGACAGCGAAGUGCUAAAACUAAAGGAAAAGAUUGAAGAACUAUCCUCAUAUUUGGAAAAAGAAUCCCACAAAUACAUUCAAUUAGAGGCCUCAAAUCGUGACUUGCAUGAACAGUUAUCUUCAAUGAAGACUUCGCACAAGAAUCACGAACGAUUAGAGAGAAGCAAGAGGCAAUUGGAAGAUGAAGUGUUUGAGCUCAAAAGGCACAUUGGUUCAAGCAAGAUGAUCAAAGUUACAUGGAGCAAUAUAAAAGAGAAAUUGAUGAAAGGAGCAGGCAAGAAUUACGACAAAAGCUGGAGGAGGUCAAUAUGUUCCUACAGGCACAAGCUGCAUCAAAAGACAAAUUAGAACAGUUGAGAUCUGAAAAUGAUGUUACAGUCAAGAAUCAGCUGGAACAUAGAAUUCAAGAUCUUGAAUCUGAGUUAAACAAAAUUAAGAAUAUACAGGAAGAAAAUAUGAGCCAGAAAGAUUCCACUCUCACAGAGCUUAAUAGGAUCAAAGACUUGUAUGCUGAAGAGCAGAAGACUAGAAAAUCAUUGGCUUCAAAGCUAGAAAGAGCAAAUGAAAGGCUUUCAGAAGCCAAUUCCAAGCUACUUAAUGAACGGCAAAGGAGCAAAUCCUUAUUUGCAAGCAGUUUUCUGAACGGAAGUCUUAAUGGAAGCCCUCUUUUGGAUGCAAGUUCACUUGGAGGUCUUGGCAGUAAUCCAGCUCUGAACCGAAGUCUGGGACUUGGAGGAGGUUUUCUCAAUCCAGUUGGGAGUGGUUUUACUGCUAAUGAAAUGGGAGCUUACUUUGUAAAGAUGCAGCAGGAGCUGGAAAAGAACAUCACUAAAGAAUUGGACCAAGCCAAUGCAGAGCUGGAUACCGGAUGUGCCAGAGUCUCUCCUGUGGGUUCAACAGCUGGUUCCAUGAGAAACCUAAGCAAUGACCAGGACCUUGUUUCCCAAGCAAGACAGCAGUAUCUGGAGGUCUUGAAGAAAAAUUACAAAAUUUAA